AUGGCGCCUCAUCCCUUGGGUGCGCCCACCAUCCAAGUGCCCCGAGAGACCCAGCAGCCUUUCUCCGGAGCCUCGGACAAUGAAGUGCUCAGCUCCAAAUCCACCCCACCAAGCCCCACUCUCAUGCCGAGGGACUGUUCCGAAGCAGAAGCGGGUGACGGCCGAGGGACCUCGCGGAAGCUCCGCGCAAAGCGUGGAGGGCGCAACCGGCUCAAGAGCGAGUUGGCACUGAGCAAGCAGCGACGAAGCCGGCGCAAGAAGGCCAAUGACCGGGAGCGCAAUCGCAUGCACAACCUCAACUCGGCCCUGGACGCGCUGCGAGGUGUCCUGCCCACCUUCCCGGAUGACGCCAAGCUUACAAAGAUCGAGACGCUGCGCUUUGCCCACAACUACAUCUGGGCACUGACUCAGACGCUGCGCAUAGCGGACCACAGCUUCUACGGGACGGAGCCCCCUGUGCCCUGUGGGGAGCUGGGCAGCCCCGGAGGUGGCUCCAAUGGGGACUGGGCCUCUCUCUACUCCCCAGUUUCUCAAGCUGGCAGCCUGAGCCCUACCGCCUCACUGGAGGAGUUCCCUGGCCUGCAGGUGCCCAGCUCCCCCUCCUGUCUGCUCCCGGGCGCACUGGUGUUCUCAGACUUCUUGUGAAGAGACCUGUCUGGCUCUGGGUGGUGGGUGCUGGCGGAAAGGGAGGAGGCCAGAGCCUCUGAGGUGGGAAGUAGUGGAGGCCCUCAAGCGUCCAUGCUCCUUCUGGCUCUCACUAUCUGGAUCCCUGGCCCACUCACUGGUUCAACCAGGCUCUCCUCGCAGCACCCUGGCUGCUGCCCAUGCACAGCGGGCAUUGAAGGCUGCUGUCUUCUUAAAUCUCCUUCUGGGCAGCAACCUCAAACUCUCGUUCAAAGCGGAUGAGAACGGUAGCACCCCACAGUUGGAGACUCCCCCACUUCCUGGUGACCCUGCUCUCAUUCAAAUCUGUCGGCCUCUGACCAUCGCUUUCUCCAGGGUGGCCUAAUCCAGUGUUGGGUCUCACUGCACCGGCUCUCUUCAUCUAGCUCCUGCUCACCUACCUUGCUCCAUAGACAAUGCGCAUCCUCUCUGCUGCCCGUCAAAUACGGGGUUUCCGGGCCUCUCCAUUCUGCCUUAAUCCACGAAGGUGAUCAUCUGCCUUCUCCUUCUGCACUUUUUGAGUCUUUACC